AUCCUCUUGCAGUUUGCAUCAAGACCGCUUCUCGGGGCCGAAGCCUUCCUGUUUGUGGCUGGGUGUGAGAGAGGGAAGACUCUCUUUGUGUCCAAGUCGGUCUCCGGAACGCUGAGCUAUGAUCAGCAGCCUUGAAGAAAUGGCUGUCACAGGCACCUGUGUCAAUGAGGAGAUGGCUCUACAGUUGACAGGUGAAAAGGAACGGCAUUUGACCAAGAAAAGCACUAGCUUUCCGCAAAGUCUCAAUGGGACAGAAGGUGCAGAGAGUUUGCUAAGGAAAAUUACCCGAAUGGACCCCAUCUUGGACAGCCCAGGUGAUAAGGACACCACUUCCCCUGAGGCUGACCUCCUUCCCGAAGUGGACACUAAGGAACGGGAGAGGCUGCAUCAGGGGGCUGAACCUGGCCAGGGCCUGUGGAGCGAACAGGAUGAGCACGAAGGAGACCUUGAUCACAACGGCCCUCACGUGACAUCAUCCCCGUGGGUUUUGGAGAGGAACACGCCGGAACUGAGUCAGGAGAGCGCCUUCCCCAGGCUCAGCUACUGGAGCUCGAAAAUGGGUCUACGAGCGAGGGAGCUUGGAGCCGACCACCUUGACUGGAUGGAGAAGAUCCACAAUAUUAUGCAAAAGAUAAACACGUCGGAAAGCACAAUGAGGAGCUUAUUAAGUGAGGUGACAUCCUUGGAAGACCAAACUGAAAACCUAGACGAUGAUAACCAGGGGGAAAACAUUGAGAUGAAGAUCAUGGAGAUUAAAAAGCAAUUAAAAGAAAUGAAUAACCAAUUGGCCCAGGUCGAUGCUUGCAACGAAGCCCACGAAUUAAAGGAGAGACUCCUUGAAAGAAUAAAGAACUUUUAUAAGGAAAUGAAUCUGCUGAAUUCCAAAUUGGGGCUGUACCACAUGGAAGAUGGAGAAACUGACUCUGACAGCUCUGAGGAGACGGGUCCGCAAGAAGCAGAGCCCCUGCUGCCCGACGCCUCUGUGCCCCCCUCAGGGCUUGGCCGAACCCUCCAGAGCACACUGUGGAAGCGCGCGCUGAGGCUCUUCGCGGUGCUCUGCGUCGUCAGCGUCACGGGACUUUCGUGUUACUUUCUGUUCGUGGACGCCACGUUCAUCUUCGAGAGGCUGCUCCCCAGCAUGCUGGGGCACCGCGCCGUGUGGGGGUUCCGCGAGAUGAUCAUGCCUUCCUUGAAACUGGAAGUAGAGGACUUACUGCCUUCCUAA